GGUACAAUUUUUUACUUACUUGAGCUGUUCUACCUAUAGUAGCAUUGAGUACAGGCCUACUGUUCAGAGUUUCUUCUUUGUAUAAUGAAUGUAAUCUAAAAAGGUUAAUAUAGAAAGUUGUAAUUUAUACAAUAAUCAAUUCGGUUAAAAAUGUAUUUUGAUUGGAUUGAAAUAUAUUAUAAGUAAAGAUAUUUUCAAUGAUUAGCUAUAUAUUUUUCAUAAUUAUAUUAUGUGCAUCAUUAAUUACAAGGAAAUAAUAUGCAAAUGACAGUGGUUUGUUUCAAGAGUUCUCUCUAGAUUUUGACUAAUAUUUUUUAAAUGUACAAAAGAUUGUUUACAAAACUUGAGACAUUUUAUCCCCAGUUGUUUAAUAAGACAUUGAUUUAAAUCCUUAUUGUUAAACUCUUGUGCUUUCUUUUUAUGGCAGUUUUUGCAGGAUUCUGUGGGCUUAUUCCAUUCCUGGCAAUCUACUGGGCAUGUAUUCCAGCAGUACUAGAAUUAUGGUUGAUAAAGGAUCAGCCUAUAAAAGCUGCUUUGAUGUUUGGAUGUCAAUUGAUUCCCAUGUUUUUUGUGGAUGGCUUAAUUCAAGAAGAAAUUAAAGGGACUGGUCAUCCUUACCUAACUGGGAUGGCUAUUGCUGGUGGAAUAAUGUGUAUGGGACUAAAAGGAGCAUUUUUAGGUCCAAUAUUGUUGUGUUUUCUCAUUGUUGCUAUCAAUAUGUACACAGCCUGGUUAAGAGGGGUGUCUCCAUCAAUGUGGAAAACUACAAAGAAGAAGGAAUUGAUCAAUAUUGAUAAAGAUACCCCUCAGAUUUUGGAUAGCCAAUCAAAGGUUAAGGAUGGUGUGUCUCUUGAUACAGAAAGUUAUCAAGCAGAAGGAAUCAUCAAUGAUUUGGAUAUUCUUUCAAAGACUGAGGAAGAUGUCUCUCUUGAUGCAGAAAGUUAUCAAGAAGAAGGAAUCAUCAAGGCUGAUACAAAUAACUUUCAGGAUUUGGAUAGUCCUUCAAAGACCGAAGAAGAUGUCUUUUUUGAAGUAGAAAGUUAUCAAGAAGAAGGAAUCAUGAAGGCUGAUACAGAUACUUCUCAGGAUUCAGAUAGUCCUUCAAAUACUGAAGAAGAUGUCUGUUUUGAUGUAGAAAGUUUUCAAGAUGAGGGGAUCAUCAAGGCUGAUACAGAUACCACUCAAGAUUUGGAUGAACCAUCCAAAAAUGAAAGCAAAUAAUUUGGAGUUAUGAUAGUUUAAUCAUUUCCUGUAUUUAUAUAAUCUCAGUAUUAAAAAAUUGAUCUCAUUUCAAGUUAAAAAGCUGAAUAAAAUUUAGUAUAGUGUGGCAACUUUAGUCAUAAAUUUAACUUUUUCAUCAAAGGUAAUUCAACACUGUAUAAUGGCAUAUAGCUUGGAAUUUUUACUUAUGAACAGUGUAAAACAUUAAGAUAUUGAAGAGAGUAGAGAUUUGUAAAAUAUGUAAGACAAACUUCAUAAAUACUCUAACUAAAAUGUGAAGAGAGUGUAGUAAAAGAUAAAAAAAGAACAUUUCUAAAACAGUGUAAGAUAAAUAAAAAAAAACAAUAUGUUAAAGAAAAAAAGGAGAGAUUAUUUAUGUUUUGAAACAAAUUCUUCAGUUUUCACUUCAUCAGACUAAUUUCAAGGAUUCAUAACUUUUAUA